AUGGGUCAUUUGAAAAUAGAGGCGUCUGCUCAAAUAAAGGCCGGAAGGCAUGUACAAAGCAGAAACCGCCUCUUGCGGCCAGUGGCACUCCAAAACGAAUAUGGUUUCAGCAAUGAGAUCGAGUCCCGCGGUGGAUCCUGGGCGUGGCUUACGGAUGGUCUCAUCUCCUCAGCGUGCGUCUUUAGCGCUGAUCCACCGUCUACACCCGGCCAGAUUUGGGGCAAAAUUUGGACUAAGGCGUUUCCGCCGUCCCGGUCAUGGCCACUUCGAGCCCUAUGUGUGCUUAGCGUGUGCCUAGAGUGGCCCCAGAAUACGCAUGCAAGGCGAUCUACUGACCAGGACUAG